AUGGCCGACAAACUUACUCGGACAUUCGCUGACAGCGCCGGAAUAGUGUCGCUAUCGUCAGCACCGACAAGUGCAAACCGAAGAUUGAGUUUCAAGCUUCACCGUCUGCCCAUGCCGAGGCCCGGCAACGUCCUCGGUCUCGUGGGAACCAACGGUAUCGGCAAGAGUACAGCUCUCAAGAUUCUCAGCGGCAAGCUCAAGCCCAACCUAGGCAGAUUCGACAACCCGCCUGACUGGGAGGAUGUGAUCAAGUAUUUCCGUGGCUCUGAGCUGCAGAACUACUUCACUAAGCUGCUCGAGGAUGACCUUAAGGCCGUCGUCAAGCCGCAGUACGUCGACCAGAUCCCCAGAGCUAUCCGCACCCCCGACAAGAGUGUCAAGUCAUUGCUUGAAAGCCGAGCCUCACUAGACAACCUCGAUGAGGUGAUCGACACCCUGGGUACUUUUGCCCUUUUUCAGAUCAAGCCAGGCUCGAAAGCCGACGUGUACAUGUUCGAUGAGCCGUCGUCGUACCUUGAUGUCAAGCAGAGACUGAGUGCUGCCCGCAUCAUCCGGUCACUCCUGCGUCCUGACGACUACAUUAUUGUCGUCGAGCACGAUUUGUCAGUGCUGGAUUACCUCUCGGACUACGUCUGCGUUCUCUACGGCAAGCCCGCAGUCUACGGUGUUGUUACCCUCCCUUACUCGGUCCGCGAAGGCAUCAACAUCUUCUUGGAUGGUCAUAUCCCGACCGAGAACUUGCGCUUCCGUGAGGAAAGCUUGACCUUCCGUAUCGCAGAGGGCACCGAGGAGUUCAUGGUCGAGAAGUCGCGGGCUUUCCGCUACCCGGCUAUGGAGAAGACGCUCGGCAACUUCAAGCUGAAAAUCGACCCCGGCGACUUUUCCGACUCAGAAAUCAUUGUCAUGAUGGGUGAGAACGGAACCGGCAAGACUACUUUCUGCCGCCUUCUGGCCGGUGCUCUCAAACCAGACGGAACCCAGAAGGUUCCGGAGAUGAAGAUCAGCAUGAAGCCACAGACUAUCACGCCCAAGUUCGAGGGCACUGUUCGGCAGCUGUUCUUCAAGAAGAUCAAGGCCGCCUUCCUGUCUCCUCAAUUCCAGACUGACGUCGUCAAGCCUCUCAAGCUUGAUGAUUUCAUCGAUCAAGAAGUGAAGAACCUGUCUGGUGGUGGCCAUUGUCCUGGCCCUCGUAAUGCUCACACGAGUCCAGAUCUCGAUUCCGAACAGCGUAUCGUGGCUAGCCGUGUCAUCAAGCGAUUCAUCAUGCACGCUAAGAAGACGGCUUUCAUCGUCGAGCACGAUUUCAUCAUGGCUACCUAUCUCGCCGACCGUGUCAUCGUCUUCGAUGGUCAACCGGGUAUCAACGCGCAUGCCAACAAGCCCGAGUCACUGCUCACCGGCUGCAACACCUUCUUGAAGAACUUGGACGUCACUUUCCGCCGUGACCCGACUAACUACCGCCCCCGUAUCAACAAGGCGAACUCGCAGCUCGACCAGGAGCAGAAGCUCAGCGGCAACUACUUCUUCCUGGAAGAUGUCGAGAAGAGCUCUUGA